AUGUUAAAUUAUCCUCGCCUUAAGAUAUCCGCUUCGCUUGUUCGCCUGAUCUUCUGGUGGAAACUCGGCGGCAUUCAUGGCAAACCAGAUUCAGUUCUUCAAUUGCCUAGUCGUGACCCGGGGAGAACAAUCAAAGCCAACUUCUACCGAUCAAAGUCCAACAAGCCGUCCCCUGUACUCAUCAACUUCCACGGAAGCGGAUUCACAAUCCCCUGGCAUGGCACGGACGAUGCAUUCGCUCGGCAAGCCGUUCAAACCACCGACUACGCCGUCCUGGACAUCGCCUACAGACUUUCCCCAGAAAACCCCUUCCCUGCCGCGAUUCACGACGUGGAAGACGUGGUGAAAUUGGCGACUUCCAAUGCGCAGGAAUUCGAUUCGUCCCGUAUCUCGAUCUCCGGAUUCAGCGCCGGCGCGAAUUUAGCCCUCGUGGCCAGUACGCAACUUUUCCCCAAGGAAACGUUUCGCCACGUUAUAUGCUUCUAUCCACCGACUGAUCUAGCCAAAGAUCAUUACACCAAGGUUCCGCCUGAUACGAAUGGGAAUCCACUGCCACCAUGGAUGCUAACCGUUUUCACGGAAUGCUAUGCGUCGGGUCUGGACUGGAAUGAUCCCAGGAUAUCUCCUCUUAAUGCUGCUGGGGACAGCUUCCAGCGGAAUACGUUGGUUAUCACCUGUGCGUACGACAAUCUCUGUGCCGAGGGGGAGGCUUUGGUUAAAAAGAUACGUGCGGCUCAGGGAGAUGAUGCUGUGGUUUAUCGAAGGAUGGAGAACUGUGACCAUGCUUGGGACAAGUCAUACAUUGCAGGGUCUCCUCAGGAGAAGGCUAAAGAUGAGGCGUACGACUUGGCGAUGGAAAUGUUGAGAAGGUAG